GACCUGGGGAGAGCAUAUCUAUAGACUAAAUAAUUGGCCUGCGUGGGGGAGCUGAGAUCCAUCAUGGUUGUGGUGCACCGUUAGUAAGGCUGCUGCAAAUGUGGCUUCAAGCCUUUCUCCAGGACUUUUGCAAACUACACCCUUACAUAAGAAAGGAUUCGGUACGCGAGCUCGCCAAUAGGAUUGGGUACACCAACGGUUGUGAUUGGGGUGGUGUUUUUUUUUUUUUGAUGAAAAUCAACUUAAAAUGAAUGCCAACACAGCAGGGCGUUAUGGGGGCGUCCUGUCUCUCCCUCUUGAGAUGGGAACUCUCUCUCCCGCCCACCUCUCUCUCUCUCGACCUCGUUGGCGUCUCUCUCUCUCUCUCUCUCUCUCUCAAACCCUCCGUGACCCUCUCUCUCUCAAACCCUCCGUGACCCUCUCUCUCAAACCCUCGCUGGCCUCUCUUUCAAUCUCUCUCCCGCUUAACCCUCUCCGCCCGUCUCUAUACAUCUCUCGCUGCCCCUCUCUCUCAAUCUCCCUCUAUGCCUCUCUCUCUCUAGAAAUUCAACCUAUAACGCAGAAAAUGUCUGAAAUUUCAUAAAUUUUCUAUGCUCCAUUGCUGCUGCCAAGAAGAUUGGGAAUAUUCGGUGUUCAUCCGAGGUUGAGAAAAUUUUUGUGCUCCAUUGCUGCUGCAAAGAUGAUUGGGGCAAUCUUCAGGAGAUUUGAGGUUCAUCGAGGUUCAGAACGAGGAAGACGAGAGUCGAAGCAAAAAAGUCUCAAGUGAAGGGCACAGUACCUGGAUAUAAUGCAAUACGCUAAACGAUUCGCGGAAUUCCAAUUUUCAACUCUUCCACUAUCCAUUACUUGCAUUGUCUCCUUACUGCAUGCGUGCUCCAAGCAAAAGUCUCUACACCUUGGAAAAACCCUCCAUGCCCAAUUUAUCAAAAAUGACAGAAUAUUAUCCAUCCACCAUCUCUACUUCACAAACCACUUGAUAAACAUGUAUGCAAAGUGCGGUGAGAUGGAGCGCGCUCUCUGCUUGUUUGACAGGAUGUCUUUUAGAAACACCGUCUCUUGGACUACAUUAAUAUCUGGCUACAACCAGCAGGGUAGCCACUUUCAAGCAUUGCAAGCAUUUGCUCUCAUGCACAAACAACUUGAAGCCGGGCCAAACCACAUCACUUAUGCGAGUGUCCUCAGCUCGUGCACCAAACUUGGCUUCAUUGGGCUUGGAAUGCAGGUCCAUUCCCAGUCCAUCAAACAGGGCUUUCACGGUUAUAACCCCGUCGCAAAUGGCCUCAUAUCACUGUACAUGGGUGAUUAUAGAGUCUCGGAUGCCUGCCGGGUCUUUGCAAAGAUUCUUGAACCAGAUGAUGUUUCAUGGGAUUCUUUCUUAUCUGGUCUAGUGCAAAAUAGCUGCACAGACAAUUAUACAUUGAGUCAGUUGCUUGCUUCGAGGAUGAUGUCUCCAAGCAUUCAUGUGACAUCCUUCACGCUUUCCAGCUCUCUAAGGGCCUGCACUGAGGAUGGGCUAGAUGGGAGAACAAUCCAUGGCAUUGCAGUUAAAACUGGUCUAGACCUCAAUCCUUUCGUGGUAUGUGCACUGAUAAGCAUGUACUCAAGGUGCAAGGAUAUCGAAGAUGCCUUUAAAGCAUUCCAUGUAAUCGUAGACAAAGACGUUGCGUCAUGGAAUGCUUUGAUGGAAGGUUGUGGGGAGAAUGGGAGAGGAGGCCAAGGUUUGAAUGUGUUUGUUUGCAUGAUGGAAUCUGGUGUGAAGGUCGAUGAAAUCACUAUGACGGUGGUUGUGGGCAUAUGCAGCAACCUAGCCAUGCUUGAGCAUGGCAGGCAGAUCCAUGCCCUUGCAACAAAACUAGAUCUAGAUGGUAGGAUGCGCAUGGGAAAUAGUUUGAUCAAUAUGUACACAAAGUGUGGAAACUUGGAUGAGUCGCUCAAGGUUUUUAGCGAGAUGAAGGAGAGGAGCGUGGUUUCAUGGACUGCCAUGAUUGGGGGGCUUGCCCACCACGGGCAUGCAACUGAGGCCCUUGCCCUAUUCUAUGAGAUGCAGAAGAGCGGGUUGGAUCCCAACUCAAUCACAUACCUUUGCAUUCUUACAGCAUGUGGCCAUGCUGGCCUUCUCGAAGAGGGUCAAUGCAUCUUUAAGUCAAUGGUUGUCGAGCCAACGUCAGAGCACCGUGCUUGCAUGGUGCACCUACUUGCAGGGGGAGGGAGUUUCAAGGAAGCAGAGGAGUUCAUUAGGAGAGCUCCCGUUUCACACAUGCCGUUGCUAUGGCAGACCUUUCUCACUGCUUGCAAGAACCAUAGUGAGUUGGAGAGUGGAUUACAUAUUGCAGAGAUGAUGGUGGAUACAAGGAUGGAAGAUCCUUCCACUUUGGUUCUACUGUCCAACAUUUUUGCAGUGGCAGGGAGAUGGGAGGAUGUACGUAGGGUGAGGGAAAUAAUGAAAAAGAGGGGAAUAAAGAAGCAACCAGGGUGCAGCUGGAUCAAAGCUCAUAAUCAGGGGUAAGACACUGCUUUGUGGUUAAGAGUGCCAUUGAUGGGUAAAAGUUCCGGCUAAUGCUUUUUACCUGGUAUAUAUGAGAGGAAGUUACCGAUGCUGGGGAUUUUCGACCUUUAAAUACCUGUACACUUGAUCUCUGAUUAAAGUCUUGUCAUGUUUCCCCAUGUAUAUAUCCUCAUGCUUUAUGUUUAUGGAUCACUCUCAGUUUGAGUGGGGGCGUGCUCUACUUGGGUACUUAGAGUAGGGCAGGAGUAGGGAGUUGGGCACCAUCAUUCUCUGCUUGACAUGAUGUUACGCCUUAAUUAGAUGAUUGAAUCUGCUCCCUGGGCUGGUUGUGUUUUGAGUCCCAUGAUGCACAUUAUCGAAGAGGGUCCCAAGGUACAAUUUCAAGGUCUGUUGUAGCAAGGGUGGAUGUUGUUUAGUUGGCCAAGAGAUGAAGGUGGCUCUUUUUAUGUAGGAUGUUAGGGGUUUGUGAGGACAAGUGCCUGAAAUUUGGCGAGGGAAAUCCUACACAGCAUGUGUGCUGCUAGUUGUAUUGGAUUAGAGAGUGAAAUGGGACGUGAGUGAGUGAGACGAAAUAGAAAGAGAAAAGGGUGGUGUGCGUGGUUGAAACAAUGAACAAAUUUUCCUUCUGUGCUACUUGUUGAGGGAUUUCAUGAGCGAGUAAGAGGAUAUGCAACUUGCAAGUCCAUGAUUAUUUUCUUCACCCAAAACAGAGAGGUAUGCCUUCUUCCUUGAGGGUGUUAGUCAGAGAAAAAAAGAGAGAUGGUGAGGCAUGCACAUGAGGGUUGUGCGGGGCAUUGAAUGUUUAUCCAAUCAGUUUUUUGUGGGAGAUUCAAAGGGGAAGAAGGGGCCACAACCUAGAAUGCCAUACCUGCAACUUUUUCUCUUAAAACCUAGUGGAAGGAAGGGAACUGGCAGUUUGGAAGGUGUGCUGUUGAUUCAGGGAGAUUACAUGGGAUGCAUGAAGUUCUAGGGGAAAUUAUGGUUUGCUGUUUUUUCGCAGAUUUUAUUUUACUAUUCUUGGAGCACCAUCUUGGGGACAUGGUUGCAAAUCUUACUGGUGCAAGCCUCACUAGGAUUGGGGGAGCGUAAAAGGAGUUAUCAACUCUUGGUGGUAUUGUGAAAUUAUAAUGAGGCAACAUUAGAAGGGUUUCUGAGCUCAAGCAUGGGCUUAAAGUUCAUUUUUAUUGUUCUCGUUUGAAGCUAUCUUGGUCCCCUCAUCAAGGUUCCUAUUGAGCUAGUUUUACAUGGCACACACAAUGAACAACCAACAGGUGUUCAAAACAUCUGUUUUGCAUCUUUUCAUGGGGUAUGCUGGUAACUCUUAGCUUCAUAUGGACAAGAAAAAAAAACAUUUUACACUGGAUCCAAAGCAGACUAUCCUUGUCCAAAAAUCAUUCUCGAGACCGCAUAAAGUUGUGUUCUUUCUUGGUUUUUUGAUCUGAUGGCCUCCUUAGUCCAUGUCGGAGACCAAUGAGACAAUAAAGAAGCUAUCUUGGUCAAGUUCCAAUUGAGCUAGUUUACAUGGCACAGAUAAUGAACAACCAACAGGUUUUAAAAACAUCUGUUCUGCAUCUUUUCAUGGAGCAUGAUGGCUGCAGAUGGGAUAAGAAAAAAAAAAGAAAAUAUUGUUUUAUAGUGGAUCCAAAGCAGAUUAUGCUUGUUCUAAAAUAAUUCUCGAGAUCACAUAUAGUUGUUUUAUUCUUUCUGGUUUUUUGAUCUGACAGACUUCUUAGUCAUGCAGAAAGAGCACUAUAUUGCAACCAUGUCCGAGACCAAUGAGACAAUUUGUUGGGGAUGUGGCAUGCUACUCCUGCUUCCAUCUUAAACCCCAAUCUUCAAAUGUGGAUGUCGUGGUGCAAUAACCGAUCAAAACUCACAGAAUUGCUGCUUGUCAUGAGGUUGCAGGAUCGAUUGCUUGCGACUGCCCUUCUCUUGUUCAUGCUGUUUGUCAUAUUUGGUAGCAUAUGGGCCAUGUACCCGGUGGUCUUCUCUCUCAGUUAUGGAUGGAUAGUUUUCCACUUGCUGACAACAGUUUCCUUUUCUAUUAGCACUAUUGUUAGUUUCGUCUUGGUAGCAUCCCAGUCUGCUCCAUCACCUUCGAAGUGUUAUGGGGCAGCUUAGAAGUCGUAAGAAAAGGAGGUCUUGAGAACUUCACUUUCUGCCACUAUUGUGGAAUGCCAAAGUCACCUAGACUCACCACUGUUGCACCCACGGCACAUGUAUAUUUGACGUGGAUCAUCACUGCAUAGUUGUAAGUUCUUCCUGCUCAAUGUUUUGGUGUCUAAUUGAGAAGCUUGGGUUGGGAAGUAGAUUUUCUGUGUUGAAUGUCUUUGGAAGUGCUCUCUGUGUGGUUUACUAAGGGUUUUAAGCGGUGUGUCAUGUAGGAACUUUUGAGGUAAAGAUUUAUGUUAUGUUUGGAAGUCUUGGUGGGUCAUCCCUGAUAGUAGGGAGCGCUCUAUUGUAUUUUUCUAUUUAUUCAUCUAUUUGUUUACUAUUGUUCUUAUAUAUAACAAAAUUAAUAGUAAACAUUAAAAAAAAAAAAAA